AUGGGGGAUCAUGCAGAAGUCGAUAAAGCAAGAUCUGCUGCCAGUUCGGGAUCUGAUCACUCGAUUACUAUUAAAGACGGCACUCCCAUCUCAAACGGUAAUAAGGGGAACGGUCAGCAACAAUCUAUCAAAAACAUCGAACUGUCAAGAUGUUACGUCUUCAACAGCAUUUAUCUACCCGAAAACGUGAACAAUGGAGACAAUAAACCUUCCCACAUGUAUCAUGAGGGGCAAGCACAAAACAAAAUUGGCUUCGGAAGGAUAAAUACGCAUCCCCAGGAGAGUUCUUCUCAACAUAUAUCUCGCCCUCUUCUAAGUAGCAAGAACCACCAAGUGGAACAAUUUAAUAAUAAAUACAAUGAAUUCACGGAAUUUCAUCCUCCAAAGAAUCCUUACACGCCUUCGAUAUAUGAAACUAGGGGUUGUCAUGGAUAUGAGACUCGAAUAUUUCCUGAUUUUACGGUCCCAAGAACAAGCCAUCAAAAUGGGAAAGCUGUGUCUACAUCUUUCACACCUAUUUCCAAAAUUCUACCUGAUUUAGAACGCAGACAAAAUACAGACAUAGAUAAAGGCACCGCUAAUGAAACUCAAAAGAAGACUAUUACCACUCAGAGUAAUAAGGACAUCGAUCUUAGACGUGGCUGCGUCUUUCAAUGUGAUCGGACCACCACUACUAGGAUGAUUACUAUGACGCACAGUGAUGGUCUUACGCAGCAAGAUGAAAAUAAAGCUCAUCGUACCAAGCUACCUGAUUUGGAAUGUACCAUAUCACUUACCCAUGCUUCGCCCAAUAUACGCAGCUUCUUCAAUGGUAAACAUAAGCAAGAUAAAAUGACACUUGCUCGUCAUCCUAUUGUUCAUGAUGAACCCAAAGUCAAACACUCAAUUUCUCAACUCCGUUCGUCGACCGAUAGCGAGUCGAUUAAUCACAGGUCUAUAUCUUUCAUUGAUCUAACAGGCCCUCUUGAAUCUGAUUCUUCGUCAAAUCACCAAAAUCAGCAGAGAUACGCAAGCGAUCCCAAAUCAUUGAAACCAGUAUCGACUGGGAAGUGCCCAAAGAGAGAGCAUACUGUAGACCUAACAUUGAAUUCCCCUAGUCGGGAAAACCCAUUGAAGAGGUGUCGGGUCACUGAUAAUCACCAAUUUGGCUCAGCUCAUAGUCACCAUAGCACUACCGCAACCUACGGAUCUCAUAAGCAGAAUAUCCUUUCUCCGGAACUGAAACAUUGGAUGAGUUUCAAUCCAAUUAAGCACAUUGUUGUUUGUUCCAAGGAUUCACCCGAUAUUCCAGACAGAAUCUACGACAUGAGUAACAAAGCUGCGUCAAUAUCAGAUGAUAUCAUGGACUUGCUCAACAUCAAAGUUGAUCAUACCAAUAUCCACUCCGUACAUCUCAAAGAUCACAAAGACGACUCACCAAUUCCCUCCCUAGGUAACACUAACAAAAUGCACGGCUACUCUUCUAAAAGCGCAUUGGCAUUUGUCUCUGCUAUUAAAUCUGCAGCAAUUGGUGAUACUAUACUCCUGGCUUCAUUAGGUGUUCAUGGUAUCUCCAAUUCACCUCGCGCAUGGGUGGAUUUGAGAGAGAAUUACCCAGCAUACAAGUUCUUGAUUGCUAUACAAGAACGUCGAAAUCUCAAUCCACAUCGAGAUCCCUUGUGGUAUAUUACAAAAGAACGAAAGUAUUUGAUUUUUCCCUUACAUCAGCUUGUGCGAGUGUGCUUGGGGCUGGAAAGUCCAUGUGACGAAGCAAAGUUAUAUUCAAGAUACUUGACACUCUCGGAUAUUUUACGCAAGACCAUGGCCAAAUCAUACACAAGGGCUGAAAAUGGGACUGAUGUCGACCAACACGCUCGAGCUUUGUUAUCACGCUGGGCAUGUCCCAUUGACAUCUGCGGGAUGACUUGGUAUAGAAGCCUAGCUGGAGACCUAGCAUGGCAAACCCAUUGUGUGAUUGAACACGACGGUUUUCGCAAACUUGUCUGUCCUCUGGCUGCCUGUAGAUCCAAUACAUUCUGUGAUUACAAAGGGGUUGUUGAGCAUAUAGAAAAUGUUCACAUUGCAGCGCUGGGUCUGAGAGAUCAUUAUCGUAGCUCGCACGAUCGUGAUAGAACUCUAUCUAAUUUUCGAUGUACUGAGGAUAUCACAAUGUGUGGUAAUACACGUUGCAGCUAUACAAACCAGCUUGCUCUGGAUACUCAUAUGGAAUUUUUUCAUCCCUACUCGGCUUGGAAAUAUCGUUUGAAAGAUUUCCCAAGCCUAGCAGAACAGGUAGAAAGCAAGCGGUCAACGGAAAAUCUUGAACCGAAUGAUAGGGCCAAUCUGAGUGAAGCUUUUCAAUGUAUUGAUGCGACAGUGGGUAGUCAAGAUACGGUUUCAGUGGGACAAAACGGAAUGGAUCAAGACCUAUCCCACGGCAUGGAAUCACUCGAGAAAUCUUGGCCUUUCAUGGCGGAUUUUCUGCGAGCAACACAGGAGCCUCUCCGAGAAGGAUAUCUGAUUCUUUUGCGCAAGAUUCAAUGA